AUGCUGCCAGCCUUUCAGGUGCAUCUGCACCAGCCUAUUCUUGAGCGCGUGGCUCAAGUAGGAAAAUUUGAUGGCCGCCACCCUGCACUGGCAUGUGGCACUACUGCCGGAAAAGUGUUUAUCCAUUCGCCGAACGAAAACACAUUUCAAAACAACUCCUUGGUCGGUGACAAUGAGCAAAGCAGCAUGCGCUUCCUUAAAAUCAAUCGGACUGUAACGGCUUUGGCGGCAGGCAAGUUUGAGACGACGGAUCAGGGCGAUACUCUUGUAAUUGGAACGCAAUCAAGUCUACUAGCGUACGAUGUGGAAAAAAAUUCCGAUAUCUUCUACAAGGACGUGCCUGAUGGCGUAAGCGCUAUGCUAUUUGCGUCAGCGCCACGAGCAACGUCACCCUUAAGCUCCUCGUCACAGAUGGUUGUGGUGGGUGGCAAUUGCUCACUGCAAGGUUUUGGUCGGGACGGCGGCGAGCUUUUCUGGACGGUCACUGGAGACCAUGUUCGUGCGCUGACGGUGUGUGACGUGACCGGCCAUGGACGCAGUGAACUUGUUGCUGGGUCAGACGAUUUUGAAAUCCGAGCUUUUCAGAAUGAAGAAGCUGUAUUUAACUGCACGGAGACAAGUCAAGUGCUCGCUCUCACAUCGAUAAAAAAGCAAUUUUAUGGCUAUGCUCUGCAAAAUGGUACGGUAGGUGUCUACAAAGGAAAACAUCGUGCAUGGCGUAUCAAAUCAAAGAACAUCCCAAUAGCAAUUCACAGCUUUGACAUCGAUGGUGAUGGAGAGAAGGAGAUCGUCAUGGGAUGGAGCAACGGCAAGCUUGAGUCGCGGAAGAUAUUGAAUGGAGAAGCUGUGUACAAAGAAAUGUUUACUUCACCCGUGGCGGCACUUGUAACAGCUGACUAUCGCAUGGAUGGCAAAGAUGAAAUUAUCUGCUGUUCUGCAGACGGAGAAAUUCGAGGCUACUUCACAGCUACAGGUGAUUUUUCUGCACCAGGGACCUCAGACAACGGAGCGAGUGAUAAGUCUAGCCUGGAAGAAAAAGAGGUGGCGAGAUUAUCCAAACAUCGUGCCGCACUCCAUAUUGAAAUGAAAGCUUUAGAGGCCCAUCAAUCUGGAACUGCUACCGCUACUGGAAAAGGCCUAAAAAUUCGAGCCGACACAAAGAUCAAGGUACGAUCACUGGCAAGCAAAAGCGCCAAGAACUUCGAGCUUGAAGUGUCGACUGAGAACGACGCAGUUAUCAAGAUGGUGAUUGUUUUUGAGUCCGAGGUCGGCAUCUUCGCUGGUGAAUCGUAUGUCGUUCGUCCAGCGACCAUGAGCUCAACCGUUCGAUUUCCGCUCAACGUUGAUAAACCUGUUGCAGCAAAUCUCGAAUUUAAAGUGCUCGUAGGCUUACGAGGUCAUCACACCUCCUUUCACGUGUUUGAGUGCAGCUUCAAGGUGCCAAAAUUCGCUGCAUUUCAUCAUAUUACUGGUGAAACGAGCCUGCAGACCAACCCUGAAGGAUUUGUGCGCUUUAGUACGCCUGUCAAACCACAACAAAUAUAUUCGUGGUUGGCUGACGCCUUUUGUCUAGCAGAAACAAUACCCGAUACUUCUGAAGCAAACUUUAUGUUUCGCUCUCUUCGCGACGACUCGCGGCUCAACAUUUCCGUCACACCACACGACACCGAACUUCGAACUGAUAACAUGGAGCUGGCGGCAGAACUUGUACAGCACAUGUGCGCCUUUCUCGAAUGGCGCGAACUUGAAUCAGUGGCAGAAUUUCCACGUCAAAUGAAGGACUUUCGGAACUUGCUUGUGAAGGUGGAUGAGAGUAACGCGAUCCGGCUCAAACUUACAGGUGAAAUGGCUGACGACUCCAAUCAAGUCAAAAAUCUCAUCAUUCGUGCUGAAGACUCGCGAAUUUUGAAUGACAUGCCACGAAUGCGACAAUUUUACUCCGAAUUGUUCUCUCUCAACAACCAGCUAUUAGGUGAGUAUACAAAGCGGAGUACAAACCAUCAAGUGCUUCUCGAUGCUCUUAAAGAGGUGAAUAACAUGAUUCAGCUUGCUGCACGGUUGCGCUUCGGUAGUGCGAAAUCUACGGUCAUUGCAGCCUGUCGGAAGGCUAUUAAGAACAACAAUAUUCACGGACUGUUUCACAUCGUGAAGACUGGAAAAGAAGAACAUUAG